ACAAAUGCGACUUUUUCCUUAGCAGCUUGGGUAGCUGGAGCCCAACCGACCAUGGCUUGGAGAGGUUGCUCGAGGCUACAGCUCCAGCUGCGAAGGUGCCUUGGGGACCGGCAGGCAUGGGGACGCAGAGGGAUUGUCUCCUGCAUUGAUCCUUCAGUGGGUUUGACAGAAGAACAGAAGGAAUUCCAAAAAGUUGCCUUUGACUUUGCUGCUAAGGAGAUGGCCCCCUACAUGGCAGAAUGGGAUGAAAAGGAAAUAUUCCCAGUGGAAACUAUGAGGAAAGCAUCCCAGUUGGGGUUUGGAGGGAUCUAUGUGCAGCCAGAUGUGGGGGGCUCGGGGUUGUCCCGACUGGACACGUCUAUCAUCUUUGAGGCCCUCUCGACAGGAUGUGUCAGUACUACGGCCUAUAUGAGCAUCCAGAACAUGUGCGCUUGGAUGAUUGACACCUUUGGGAGCCAAGAACAGAGACACAAAUACUGCCCCUCGCUUUGCAGCAUGGAGAAGCUGGCUUCUUACUGCCUGACCGAGCCAGGAAGUGGGAGCGAUGCUGCUUCUUUGCUAACUACGGCCAAGAGGAAAGGCGACGCUUAUGUCCUGAAUGGGUCCAAGGCUUUCAUCAGCGGCGGAGGCGACGCAGACGUGUAUGUGGUCAUGUGCCGUACGGGAGGGUCAGGUCCCAAAGGCAUCUCCUGCAUGGUGGUGGAGAAAGGAACCCCAGGGCUGAGUUUUGGGAAGAAGGAAAAGAAGAUGGGCUGGUGCUCCCAGCCAACCCGGGCCGUGAUCUUUGAGGACUGUGCUGUUCCGGUGGCCAACCGAGUGGGAGAGGAAGGUCAGGGCUUCAACAUUGCCAUGAAGGGUCUGAAUGGAGGGAGAAUUAACAUUGCUUCCUGUUCGCUGGGCGCUGCCCAUGCCUGCAUCCUCUUGGCUCGGGAUCACCUCAAGGUCCGCAAGCAGUUUGGGGAAAUCCUAGCAAGCAGUCAGUAUCUCCAAUUCCGGCUGGCUGAGAUGGCCACACGCCUGGUGGCGUCACGGCUGAUGGUGCGGAACGCGGCUCGGGCACUGCAAGAGAACCGGGAGGAUGCCGUGGCUCUGUGCUCCAUGGCCAAGCUCUUUGCCACAGAUGAGUGCUUUGCGAUCUGCAACCAAGCCCUGCAGAUGCACGGAGGCUACGGGUACUUGAAGGACUAUACAGUGCAGCAGUUUGUGCGAGAUAUCAGAGUGCACCAGAUUUUGGAAGGUACCAACGAAGUGAUGCGGAUGAUUAUAGCCAGAAGUCUGUUACAGGCGUAGAGUCGGGAGCCGGUCUCUUCACCAACUCUUCACUCCAACAACUACGGAGCUGUCUGUUGCUUUGACAGUCAUUGCUUGUUACCAGCACACUGUCUCUGUACUAAGCAGUGCCAUGCAGCAUUGCUGCAACUACAGGGGGAAGACAAACACCCCCAAGGUCUAAAUAGAGCCUUUUGUCCUUGACUCAGAACCAUCUGCCAAUACCUCACAUAAGGAAAGAUUGCUGGCUGGAAUCGGUUAGUCUGUAUUCUUGCUGGUUCAGCCGUCUCAGUUUCCCAGCCUGCUCUUCCACCAGUGAUGGUAUGGCCUGCUAAUUGAAUUGAACAUUAGGACAGAUCCCUGUGGAUUCUGUGCACAUCGGAGAGUGGCAAUAUCUUCCUGUUAAAUCCACAUUUCCUGGAAACGGCACUUCCUCCAAUGCAGGGGGUAUAAAACCACAGAUGCCUCUGGAAGGUCUGCCUCUUUAUCCAGAAAGAGCUCCUUUUUUUUAGGUCAAACGACAGGGAAAAGAGGCAGAUUUCAUUUGCUGGCUGUCCGUCCUCCCUCUGCACCAUCCCCAAUAAAACCACUGAUCUUUCCCACCAUCCAACGGUGUGCUUAUUCUUCUUACCUGCGGUGCCCGUGGAUCACACUGAAGGACUGGAAACGGGUCCCGUGGUGGCCCGCAGACCUGCAGCAUGACCCUCUUCUAAGGAUCUAGCAAGGAAAUUAAUCCAAGCGCAGAUUGGGGGUUUUUUUUCAAUGUCUGAAUCAAUAAAAGCUGAUUUUCUUUC